UUCGAGACAGGCUCGGCUGUUCUACCUCCAUUUUAUUACUUCCACUUUUCUAUCGGGUCCGACUGACACCUUUGACCCGAGGUGGAUAGGCAUGGUGGAGGACGUGUCUACACUGGGUGACUAUCGCUGGGGCGAUUUGGGCUAUGCGACGCUUGUCGGCCAGAUGAGUUUGUCGGUGCGCGACUCGGACCCGAGUAGACGUCACUUUGUGAUUACAUUAGCGGGAGUGCCGCGUUUGAUCGAGCUGUGGGCCUUUGAGCACUUACCUUGGCUGGCUCCCCGAAAGGGGCAGAGGCCUUUGGAGUUCCCUGCCGGUCGCCGUUGGGGUUGGAAGAAGAAGCUGACAGUGCGUCCACCGCCCGAUACCGUGUGGGAUCUUAUCCGGGACGGGAACCCUGAGCAUGUGGUUUGGACCCCAUGGCUCUCUUUUAGGGGUACCCAUGCUUCGGUCAGGGAUAGUUAUGCCCUGAGCCAGAUGCGGGUCUUGUUCGUUGGCCGCCGGGACCCUGUCUGGUACCUGGGAGAGCGGGUACGUAUGCAGACGGUCGGGGCUUUUUCGGUGCCUAGGCCUCCGCCUGCGACCAUGCUGUCUACUCGUUCGAUAGGCGAGUCGUGGAGGGUCCACUCGAGGACUGGCGUGCCGGCGACGGAGUUGGUGAUAGAGCGAGCUAGCUAUUACCAGUUUAUCUAGGAUUCUCUUCGUCUCCCGGAG